AUGUUGUCCCAAUUCAAGACCUUCCUGAAGAAGAGGAAACUAAAGUUCCUUGUCCUCAGACCGACCAAGCCUGCUGGUAUCCGACAUCUUGACUCCGCUACCUACCAAACAAACAAGGACGGAAUGGUUGUCGCCACGAUCAAGUGUGUGGUUGUCGGUGACGGUGCUGUCGGCAAGACAUGCUUGCUGAUCUCCUAUACCACCAACAAGUUCCCUUCCGAAUAUGUUCCGACAGUCUUUGACAACUAUGCUGUGACGGUGAUGAUCGGAGACGAGCCAUACACUCUUGGUCUAUUUGAUACAGCCGGACAGGAAGAUUAUGACCGACUUCGACCUUUGUCCUACCCACAGACCGACGUCUUCCUGGUUUGCUUCUCCGUCACUUCACCGGCAUCCUUCGAAAAUGUUCGAGAGAAAUGGUUCCCCGAGGUUCAUCACCACUGUCCCGGCGUUCCAUGUCUGAUUGUUGGGACCCAAACCGAUCUCCGAGAUGACCCCCAAGUCCGUGAGAAACUCGCCAAGCAGAAGAUGCAACCGGUUCGAAAGGAGGACGGUGAAAGAAUGGCCAAGGAUCUAGGCGCUGUCAAAUAUGUCGAAUGCAGUGCACUGACUCAGUACAAACUGAAAGACGUAUUUGACGAGGCGAUUGUGGCAGCUCUGGAACCUCCACCCAAGAAGAGUAGUAAGAAGUGUACGAUUCUUUGA